AUGGAUCUGUCGCGUUUGGAGAUGUUGUUGGAGAUGAACAAGUACCCGAACUGCGAGAAUGACCCGCAGGACUCUAAAAUAAACAUCCUGAGAAGCGUAGAAAUCGCGUUGGCAUUCUUAUUUCUGCCCUUGAGUCUCACUUCUCUUUAUUGUAUUCUUUUCAAAUCUUCAAAAUCAAUGAGAACUUAUCGAUGGUAUCAACUCAAUUAUCAAAUUUGGUGGGUCUUGAAGAUUCUUAACUAAGAAAAAAUUGGUGGAAAAACUUUAAAAAAGGAAGCAUUUCCUAAAAAUGGGAUUUUUGAGCGGCGUCUUUCACCAUAAUUCUUCUUCGAUUUAAAUCCUUAGGAUUCGCUAUUAGAAAAAACAUUAUCUGAUAGCUUGAACAAAUAUUUUUUUUUUCAUAUUUUUCAUUUGCAUUCUGGAUUUUUUGCCUGUAACAUCAAGAUUCAAAACUAAAUUUUUCAGUUUUAAGCAGAUCUUUUUCAGGGUUCUCAUUUGGGAUUUCCUAUUUUCUAUCUGCAUCACGCCCAUUUUCUAUUUUCCCGCCACCGCCGGCUGUUCUAUCGGAUUUUUCCAAAGCGUUGGGAUCUCUCCGAAAAUUCAAUUACUAUGCUCUUACUUUGCAUUUGGAAGUUUACUUUUCGAUGAAACAAAUCAUAAUAUUUAAUAUUUUUCAGACAUGAUUGUGGCAUUGGUCCUGCUUUUCAUGUACCGUCAUUAUUGCGUUUUGCCGGGCUACAUCAGAAUUAGAAUUCAAAAAUCAACUUAUUUUUUGUACUGGUUGGCUGUGUGCAUUCUCUUCAGUGGGGCUUUAGUUGGCCUUUUUCUGAAUAUCCCGACAAAUCAGGUCGAAGCUCAGGUUUUUGUAGUGAAGGUGGCUUUUUUCUCUGGCUUGAAGCGAAUUUAUUGUGGUAAUCAGUCAAUCGGAUGCCGUCCUGCUAGGAUCUUCACCGAAUGUGCCCUCGUUGUGGACACUUCUUAUGUAAACGUAACCUUUAUCGCUAUUUCCACCUCGAUCAUCUUGGCCCACGUCGUUUUCUUCGCAGUUCACAGUAUUUAUAUUCUGAACAAUCAGCAGAUUAUCAUGUCCGACAAGACCAGGAAAAUUCAAAAAGCGUUUCUUUCCGCCUUGUGCAUUCAGGUUUGAAGGAAAUCACAAAGGAGUCGCCAAAAAGACACUCUUUUACAUUUAAAUUAAGUUUUGCUAACACUUGAUCUGAGCAAGCUUAAAAUUUUCACGAUCUUUACCUAUUUAAUCGAGUUUUGAAGUCCGUAUUCCACUGCACCCGUGGUAAAAAAAAAAGACGUUUUUGGCGUCCGAAAUCCAUAAAGCUUCGCGAUUGUUAGAAGAAAUUAGAAAUAUUCGAAUUUCAGGUCUCAGUUCCUUCAAUGUUCCUGAUCAUGCCAUUUUUCCUGAUCGUCGUCCUAGUCUACGCCGGAAAGUUUCUUCCAUGUAAAUUACUCACAUUAAUCAAUUCUUUCAUUCUGUUUCUAUUCGAAAAGCAUUCCAGCAACGAGCUCGCUCAUCGUUAUUUGGAUAACUUUACACGGUGGAGCCUCCCCUUGUACUAUUAUACUUUUAAAUGAACAUUAUCGACGUUUUGUCCUGAAAUUUUUCAAAUCGAUCAAAUCUAGUGUGAAAAAUGGUAUUGUUCGAUUUUCUAAGAUUUUUUGUCUCUGCUUUUUCAGAAGUUUCCAUGCUGCCUUCUGCGUGGGUUUUUACGAGUUUCACCGCAAGUUUUUUUGAAGAAAAUGUUCGAUGUGUUUUUUUAAAUGAUUUAAAAAAAUUACUAUCCGUUAAAAAUAAAUAUUUGAGAAAAAUUUUUCAACUUCUUGUGUUUUAUUUUCAGCGGAAGGACUAUAAUGCAGGUUUUUUUAAAGUUUUAAAUUGCUUCCUUGUCUGAUUUUUUUGAAGCCUCGCUCAAUUUUUUUCAAAACUUGCCUCUGUCAGCUUUCUGUUGAAAAAAAAUUUCCAAAUAUUAGACAUUUUUAAUCGUUUCCCUGUCACAUAGACUUCCUUGUGUCAAACGGAAAACCGAUUUCUCGAUGCCUUUUUGGAGGAAUUUUUAACUUUAUUCACACUUAAAAAUGACGAAUCACUGAAUUCAAGAUCACUAUUUGAAAAAUAAAAGUAUAUAAAACUUCCUCUCCAAUCAAAUAUUCUCUCGCAACUCAUCUCAAAAUUUGAGUAGAAUUUUUGGAAUCCAAGUUACUCGAGCAGUAAUCUCGAGGCUUAGGAGCUCAUUAGUUGUGAAACGUCACGAAGAAAAAAAUAGUCAAAGCAAAAGUGCCAUGAUUUUUGUUGCACACAUCCAAUACGUCUUUAUCGGUUAUAUUCAACAUUUUCUCUUUAGAACCUAAGAAAAUGGAGCUGUCGCGUUUGAAGACGUUGUUUUCGAGAUUUCGUUCACGCUUCCUGCCAUUAGGACUCCUUUAGUUUCGUUUAUAUUUACUUUUUUCAGUAACCUCGAUAUUUUGUUCCUGGCGUACUUCAAAGAAUGUGACGCCUAUCUCCUGAUUAAAUACCAAAGAAAGUAAUUUACAGUCUCUUGAACUGUGCAGAAAUACCUUCGAACUGAAUAUAAACGAGUGGAAACUUGAGAAAAUGUAGAAAAAGCUGUGAUGAAAUAAAAUUUUAGAAACAAUUGGGUCACAAAAAUAAUAACUUGUGUGUUCUGCUUGUUCCGGUUGCUUAAAAAAGUGAUUAUAUUAAACUGAUUUCGGAAAAAUCUCUAUGGAUCGACUUAAAAAAAAAAUCCAAAAACAAUUGGAGGCAGUUAUAUAUUCCCCUCAAUACGUCCUAAAAAGUCACAGCACAUACUUUUUACAGAUAUUUUUAAUUGAGUCAUUGAUUGAUUGAGAUUAUGGGUGGGCUAAAUGUUUGGGCGUGGUUCAGUGACAGAGUAUUGGACUGUAGUUGAAGAGGUCCCUGGUUCGAAUCCCACGAUAUUUACUUCGAUUUUUGCCUAUUUCCGUUUCUGCUUAUUCACCCUGUUCAUCUCUACGUAUCCUACAGCGCAUCAAAGAACUUUCUGUAAUUCGCCGACACUUUUUGAAUGAGCUCGUUAGUACAUUCCAAACGGCUACGCAACAACUUAACGACGUAUUUUUUUCAACAAUGCUGCAAUUAGUCUCCUGAAAAAGAUAAGUAUAAAAGGUAAAACCUACUUUUCGUAGUCCAAACUGCAAAUGCUGAUCUUUACCAUAGCCCACUCGGCUUUGGCUCUAUUCGGCUGCUUUUGUAAUGGACUUUUGAUUUAUUUGGCCGCUUUCAAGUCACCUUCUGGUAUCAAAACCUAUGCCACCCUCAUUAUAAACUUUGCGUUGACGGAUUUUCUGGGAUGUUUCAGUGAUUUUUUCGUCCAGCAAAGGUUAAUUUUCCGUGUUUCAAAAGGAGAAAACCCGAAUUUUUCAGGCUUAUUCCAGGCGGAUUUACUCUUGGCCUCGUUUCCAACGGCCCUUGCAAAUAUUUUGGCAGAUUCGUCUGUUUCACGACGUGAGAUUUCAAUCUUUGUGGCGAUCGAUUGGAAAAAUAUUAGAAUUUUCUUUUGAAAGUAAAAGAUAAAUCAAAGAAAGUUCGAAAAAAGUCGGUGAAACAAUCUUUUUCUGGGGUCUCUAGAAUGUCAUUAUGCCUCGUUUGUUUCAGCCUCAUCUUCUUUGAUUUCAAUGAGAAAUUAUUUAUUUACAGGAUUUAUUUUUGAAUUCAAACUCGGGGUGAAACUUGAGUGAAAAGGAGAGCGAAAUCUAUAUUUUUAAAUUUCUUUGAGUUUGGACUUUAAAAUGAAUUUCGAGGACGACAGCAGUAAGAUCAAAUCUUUUAGUUAAACGAGAAAUACAUGGAAUUUCAAUCUUUUCUCUUUUUUUAGGUACAGCUUCAUGCUUCACUGCUUGUCCCACACAUUAUGGUCCCUUUUGUUGUCAUUCGCCUAUCGUUAUUAUAUUCUUCAUCACUCUGCUCCGAAAAGAAGGACACUGAUUAUACUUCUUUUCCUAAUUUACAUUCCUUCUUUCUUGCAGUUUGUAAGUUUUUGAACAGUUUUUUGGGAGUAAAAAUUUAUUUUGAAAAGUUGAAUUUCUGCAUAAGCAAUAAUCAUGUUUCAGAUAUCCUACCUUUUCUCCUACGAUCCUCCAGAAAAGGUGACGAAACUUCUGGAGGAAAAAUUCCCCAGCUACAGUUUCGAGGGCGAAACGGUCACUGGAAAUGCCAGUAUUCUUAAUUUCUUCGCCUUAUACGUUAUUCUGCACAUGACACUACCAGUCACUCCAGUUUAUAUAGCCAUAAUUAUAUUCCGGAAGAAAAUCAUCAAGGUUUUGGAGCAUUCUGAAUCCCAAAUGGCCAAAAGAACCAAGACGCUUCACGCUCAGCUGUUGAAGGUUGGUAUCUAAUUUCAAUUUAGAGUUGUGAAAGAUUUCCUCGAAAAACUUUGUGAGCUCAAAAAUUUUUUUAGUAUAUGUAUGGUGAAUUUCAGCCUAUUAGGACUACCACAUAUGUUUUUCAGGGCAGGUAGUUUUACUUUGCAAUCGAGAAAUUCGUAAAUUUUUGUCAGAACACCUCUUGAUAUAAAAAAUUAUCGUCCUGAAAUUCUCAACCUGCAAAAUUUCCUAAAAAUUUCCUAAAAAUCGAGGAAUAAGGUCUCAAAGCCCAAAAAUAACCGAUUUGUCAAAAUAAUUUUGAGAGUUUUCACUGACUUUGUGUGUCCUUUUCCAAAAACUAGAAAGACGUGCAGGUUGAAAAUUUAUUUUUUGGAUUUCCAAUCCAAAUUUGAAAUGACCUUCCUUGCUAUUGAGAAGUAUUGAGCUGAUAAAUCGAAAAAAAUUUUAUUUUAAAAUUAAUUUCAAUUGAAUCGAAAAUGGAAAAUGUAUAUAAAUUCAUUUUCCUCAAAAAAAUCGAGGUCCAAAAAAAUUGAAAAGCCAAAAAAGCGACAACUUUUCCGUGCGAUUCACUAAUUUUUCGUCUCAAUUCUCCGCUUCAUAAUCAUUUUUUUUUCGUUGAAACUAAUAUGACUUUUUCUUCAGGCCCUGACCUACCAAGCCUGCAUGCCGGGCUUUUACUGGUUCGCCGUCGUCUCCUACUCGAUCGGCCAGUUCGGCAUCUACAAUCACCCCUUCCUCGAAUACUUCACUUUCACCUCAACUCUCUGUAUAUCCGUUUUCUCUCCAGUCAGCUACCUCUGUUUCUUCGGUCACUAUAGAACCUACUGUCUCAACAAAUUGCGGCAGAUUCUUCUUUGUGGAUCUGUCGAACCCGAAAGACCGCCCAUUUCCAAAGUCACGAGUGCUGUUUCGAGCGCCGAGCAGCAUUGA